GUCAAAUUGGGAUAUCUCCUAUAAAAAACAAUAGCAUGGAGAUUUUCAAGACUAAAUCUUCCAUAAGUCAUAGGUUUAAAAUAAUUAUUUAUAGCCAAUAGAAUCACUUGUCCUGAAGAUCAAUUUCAAGUUUUUUAAAUCUCUUUAUCAUGAAAAAUCACCUUAAUAGUUGAUCAUAAUAACUGCUUUGAUAUUUUUGUAAUCACAAAAAUAUGGCUGCGUCGUUGGUCAGAGCAUGUUUUAAACCACAUUCAUUGACGCGGUUAUUUACUGAAAUUUUCAAGAAUACCGAAUGCCAUGGAGCUGGAAAUAAAUUUAUGCGUGCAAAAGUAUGUAUUGAAUGUCACUGCUAUCAUACAACGCCAGUAUUUUUCAAAAGAAGAAAAUCCCGGGAAGAGAAGAAAAAAGCACCUGAGUUCACUCCGAAACCAAAAUCUAUAAUCAAACAGCCGGUUGUUGAUGUUUGGAAAAAUAUGACUGUAAAAGAAUUAUCAGAAUCUUCCGGAAGAUCAGUUAACGAUGUUUUAGAAGCUAUUUCUUAUUUUGAUACUAAUAGAUAUAAUAAAAAUACUGUUAUUGAAGACAAGAAUAUUAUAUUCGGGUCAGUAGCUAAAUUAGGAGCUAAAUAUAAAAUCAUUGCUUCACCCCAUGAAAAAAACGAAGAAUCUAAAGAUCAUGAUGUCGUUAAAAGGCCACCUCCAGAUCCAUCAAUAUGCAUAAAAAGACAUCCAGUUGUCACAGUAAUGGGUCAUGUUGAUCAUGGUAAAACAACAUUACUAGAUUCUUUACGGCAUACAUCAGUAGUAGCUUCUGAAUUUGGUGGAAUAACUCAGCAUAUUGGAGCUUUCAAUGUAACACUAGAUACUGGUGAAAAAAUAACUUUUCUUGAUACUCCUGGUCAUGCUGCAUUCAGUGCGAUGCGAGCUAGAGGUGCUCAAGCAACAGACAUUGUAGUUCUUGUAGUAGCUGCUGAUGAUGGUGUUAUGGAGCAAACUAUUCAGAGUAUUAAAAUGGCAAGAGAUGCUAAUGUACCUAUUAUCGUUGCUAUCAAUAAAAUAGAUAAACCAGAAGCAGAUAUUAAAAGGACACAGAAUAUGUUAGCUCAGCAUGGCAUCCAAGUAGAAGCACUUGGUGGUGAAGUACCGAGUGUUAAUAUUUCGGCACUUAAAGGAAUGAAUUUAAAAGAAUUAGUUGAAACAAUAGUUGCUCAAGCUGAAAUUAUGGAUUUAAAAGGUGAUCCUAAGGGACAUGUUGAAGGCGUUGUUGUUGAAGUUUCUACCGAAAUUGGUCGUGGAAAACUUGCAACUGCACUUAUUCAACGUGGUACAUUACGAAAAGGAUCUAUUCUUGUUUGCGGACUCGCGUGGGCUAAAGUAAGAGCGAUGUUUGAUCACGCAGCUAAUCCUGUUUCAGAAGCUAAAUUAUCAGAUGCAGUUCAAAUAAUUGGAUGGCGGGAACUGCCGUUAGUUGGUGAUGAAAUAAUUGAAGUUGAAGACGAAAAGAGAGCUCAUGUGGUUAUUAGAUAUAGAAAGGCCAAAGAAAAUGCAACUAAGGCUGUUGAAAUAAUGGAAGUUAUAAAACAGAAACAGACAGAGCAUGAAAAAGUAUAUAAAGUCCAGCUACAGGAAAGAAGAGCUUUAGGAAGGUAUAGAAAGAAAAAACAAUAUGGUGACAGACCGAAAGAAAUACAAGAAGAUGAUGGUAUUCCGAGACUACAUGUUUUAGUUAAGGGUGACGUUCUUGGUUCCGUUGAAGCUAUAUUAGAUGUAUUUGAUACUUAUGGAGAUGAAAAUCGUUGUCAUCUUGAUGUUAUUCAUUACGGUAUUGGUCCAGUAACUGAUUCUGACAUUGAAUUAGCUGAUGCUUUUGAUGCAAUUAUUUAUACUUUUAAUGUUAAUUCUCCAAGAAAGAUUGAAGACGUUGCUAAAAAAUUUAGGGUACCUAUUCAUUCUUAUAAAGUUAUUUAUAAACUCAUAGAUGAUAUUAAAAAUGAAAUUUGUAAAAAAUUACCACCUGAUCAUGUUGAAGAAAAAAUAGGUGAAGCAAAUGUUCUGCAACAUUUUGAAAUAACGGAAAGAAAAAAGAAAAUAAAUGUCGCUGGAUGUCGGUGUACUGAUGGAAUUCUCAAAAAAGAUUCAUCGUGCAGAAUUAUUAGAAAUGGUGAAACAAUUUACGAAGGUAAAGUAGCAGGGAUAAAACAUUUGAAAACUGAUGUUAAUAGUAUAAAAUCAGGCGUAGAAUGUGGUUUAAGAUUUGAAAAUCCAGAUAUUAUUGUACAACCAGGAGAUACAAUUAUUUGCUACGUAACUCAUGAAGUACAACCUAGUGUUAAUUGGGAUCCUGGAUUCUAAUUUUUAGA